AUGCGCUACCUGGCGCUAGCGUGGGCUGCGGCGCACGCGUUGCAGCACCCAGGGGCGCGCCGGCGGCGCGCGACGCCCUGCGCGGCGCUGAGCGCGGCGGACGAAUUCGUGGUCAAGGUCGGCGUCGUCGACGCGCUGCGCGGCGUGGCCUACACCGACGAAGACGACGUCGUCGCGGCGGGCGUCGUUGCCGGCGUGCGCGCGACGAGCGCCGAACUCGGCGUCGAGCUCGCGCUCGCGCCGAAGGACGACGCGGACGCGAUCGUCGCGGCGUGCGCCGCCGCGGCGCGCGCGUGCCGCGACGCGCUGGUCGCGGACGGGACGCUCGACGCGGCGUGCGAAGUCAGGGUGACGGACGCGGCCGCGGCGCCGGCGGCGGCGCCGGCGGCGGCGGUCGAGGCCGGGGCGGACGCGGGGGGGAACCCGCUCCGGAGCGACGCCUACGACCCGGGCCUCGGCAACUACCGGACCGGCGCGGCGCUGCGGGGCGUGCGGCACGUCGUCGCCGUGUCGAGCUGCAAGGGCGGCGUCGGCAAGUCGACGACCUGCGUCAACCUGGCGGCGGCGCUGCAGCGGCGGGGCCUGCGCGUGGGCGUCUGCGACGCCGACGUCCACGGCCCGUCGCUGCCGGCGCUGCUGGGCCCGCCCGCCGACGCGACCGUGCGCCUCGCGCCCGAGGUCGGCGAGGACGGGCGCGAGCUGCUGGAGCCGUUCGAGGCGCGGGGCUUCGCGGCGAUGUCCUUCGGGUACCUGAACGACGCCCCGGCGUACAUGCGCGGGAGCCGCCUCGCGGGCGUCGUGCAGCAGCUCUGCGCGUCCGUCGCGUGGCGCCGGCUGGACGUGCUGCUCGUCGACUGCCCGCCGGGCACGGGCGACGCGCAGCUGACGCUGGCGCAGGUCCUGGACUUCGACGGCGCCGUCGUCGUGACGACGCCGUCGCCGCUGGCGUUCGCGGACGUCGUCAAGGGCAUCGCGCUCUUCGACGAGGUCGACGUGCCGGUCGUGGGCGUCGUGGAGAACAUGGGCAGCGUGGCCGACGCGCGCGGCGGGGCCAAGGCCGCGGCCUUCGCGGCGCGGCACGGCCUAUCGGCCGCGGCGGCGGCGGAGCUCGCGGCGCUGCUCGAGGCGCCCCUCGACCUGUUCGGCGCGUCGUCGGCGCGGAAGCUGCGGGACAUGUGGGGCAUCGAGGACGUCGUCGAGGUGCCGCUGCUGCCCGCCCUCGGGCCGACGCCCGUCGGGUUCGCGGGCCCGCGCGAGGCGCCCGCGGAGCGCGCGGCGCUCGCGGCGUACGACGACCUCGCGCGGCACCUGAUGGAGUUCCUCGCGCGGGGGCGCCCGGCGCCGCCGGCGGUCGAGUUCGACGGCGCCGCGUUCGUCGUCGGCCACGCGAACCGGACGGCGCGCCUGGCGCCGCUGGACCUGUACCGGCGGUGCCGCUGCGCGCUCUGCGUCGACGAGAACAGCGGCCGCGCGCGGUCGCGGCCGCCGCCGCCGGCCGACGUCGUGCCCCUCACGCUGAAGCGGACGGGCAACUACGCGCUCGCCGUGGGCUGGUCCGACGGCCACCAGUCCCUCUUCCCCUACCGCGCGUUCGUCCCGGGCUACGGCGACGGCACGGCGGCGGGGGCCCCGGACUGAUAAAUACUAGGAACU